AUGGCCAAGUUAGGCAGUGUAGUUUUUUUCUGCGGCUUAUUAAAUUUUUGUGAAUCCAUCGAUCAAAGUACUUCAGGAACAAAAUCUUUGAACGAGCAAGGUCUUUUAAAUAGAAUCGCUUUUCCUAAAUGGAACAGAAAUUUUGGUUUUAAAAAUGGUUUCCGGGAACAAAUACAGUCGGAAAGCCGAUUCUGGCCACCGCCGCAAAAAGAGAAUAGAUUUCUAUCUUUAUUCACCGUGGUGACAUUCCCUAACGGAGCCUGCACGGGGGCAUCAGGCGACAACGGUACUUGUAUGACCGCCCGUGAGUGCUCUGCGCGAGGCGGGUCCGCUAAUGGCUACUGCGCUAAUGGCUUCGGACUAUGCUGUAUAUUUAUGACGUCAUGCGGCAGCAGUACGACUGAAAACGGCACGUACUUCGUUAACUCCGGUUAUCCGUCGACCUUCGAUUCCACCGGUUCUUGCGAGCUUACCGUUAUUAAAUCACAUCCCGAUGUAUGUCAAAUAAGGUUGGACUUCGAUCGUUUUACAAUUGCUGGACCGGAAAGAAUAAACAAUGUUUGUAACCAAGACCAAUUUAUUGUAUCUGGUGGAAACCCGGUACCUGCAAUAUGUGGUUUCAAUCAAGGCAGUCAUAUGUAUAUCGACGCUGGAAUCGGAUCUACAAAUCCGGUUAAGUUGACCUUUGUAACGAGCGGCAACUCAUUUGAGAGGAUGUGGAAAGUAAAGGUUACACAAAUACCAUGCAGCACUAUUUAUAAAGCUGAUGAAGGUUGCCUCCAGUACUACACUGGCGUAUCUGGUCAGCUCAAAUCAUUCAACUAUGACCCAUCAAAAGGCCUACAACUUAGCAACCAGGAUUACGGAAUUUGUAUUAGAAUGGAAAGGAACUUCUGCGGUGUACAAUAUACAGCUUGUAUGGAUCCAGUAAAUAAUCGUUCCCGCGCAUUUACUAUUAGCGGCAACAGCAACAACCCUGUCAACGCAAUGAUUGGUUCAGGUGCUGGACCAAACAAUUGUGCUAAUGAUUGGCUGUUGGUCCCAUGUGCUGCCAAUGUUGGUCGUCUACAACCUGCACAAGCCUUAUGCACUGAUAGAAUAUGUGGUGGAACGUUUUCAGCAGAUCUAUCUAUGCAAUCUUCAUCGGUACUAAGCACCGUUAAACCAUUCCGUCUCUGGUUCCACACCGACAAUGUUGAAGCGCCGAUUGACGUAGACAAUAGAGGCUUUUGUUUAAAUUACGUGCAACAACCGUGCACAAAUAAUGUGUUCUGACUUUAGUACAAUUUUAAUAAAACUUUUGAACAUGAAA